AUGGAGCUGGAUGCAAUCAUGUCGACGGCACUUGUUCAUGCCUGGCUGGCUGGCAAGGACAAUUCUGUUGGACUGGCAUGGCUUGCAGUGCACGUUGCCAGGAUGGAUUUUUUGGACAAGACUGCCGACAGUUAUGUCAAUGCCAGAAUGAUGAUGGGUCCUGCCUUUGCGGACCUGGAUGGAUCGGGGAGUCCUGUGAACAAGAGUGCUCUUUUGGACUUUUUGGAUCUGAUUGUUUACAACAGUGUCGAUGUGCAAAUGGUGGAAUUUGCAGUCACAUUGAUGGGUCUUGUUCUUGUUCUCCGGGUUGGACUGGACGGCUUUGUGGUGGAAGAUGCAGAGAAGGAUUCUUUGGUCAUGAAUGUCAAGAAAUAUGCCAAUGCCAGAAUGAUGACGGGAUGGAUCGGAGCCAUAUGCGAUGAAAGGUGUGUUCGAGGUUUCUUUGGACAAGAUUGUCUGGAACUUUGCGUGUGCCAGAAUAACGCAUCAUGCAGCCACAUCGAUGGAUCAUGUACCUGUUCGUCCGGAUGGGUUGGUGACAUAUGUAACCAGCAAUGUUCUGAGGGGUUCUUUGGUAGUGAAUGCUUAGGGCAAUGUCAUUGUGAAAAUGGUGCAGCUUGCCAUCAUGUCGAUGGAUCGUGCUCCUGUACACCAGGCUGGGUUGGACCUACAUGUGGAGACUGGUGUGACAAGGGUUUCUAUGGCCAAGAUUGUCAAGAAACAUGCUUGUGCCAGAAUGACGGAACGUGUCACCAUGUCAAUGGAUUCUGUAUUUGCCAAUCUGGAUACAUAGGAUCCAUGUGUGAAGAAACAUGCCCUCCAGGAUAUUAUGGCUAUAACUGUGUGGAUGCAUGUACUUGUCGUAACAUCGCAUCGUGCAAUCCAAUGGAUGGUUCGUGUAAUUGUCCUCCUGGAUGGGUCGGUUUACAGUGUAAUGAAUCGUGUUCAAGGGGUUACUAUGGACAUAUGUGUCAAGAGCCUUGUGGAUGUCAAAACGAUGCAGAGUGCAAUCACAUAGAUGGGGCGUGCACUUGUCAGCAAGGAUGGAUCGGGGAUCUGUGUGACGAAAGAUGCUCUUCUGGUAACUAUGGUCACCAAUGUUCUCUUGUCUGCCAGUGUCAAAAUGGCGCCGCCUGUCAUCACGUAGAUGGCUCUUGUGGCUGUUCAGCUGGAUGGAUGGGGGAGAUAUGUGCUACACCUUGUCCAGAAGGCCGAUUCGGUUCCAACUGCACCGAUCUUUGCCUCUGUGAAGAAAAUGGACGUUGUAAUGCUGCUGAUGGGUCUUGCUCAUGCGAUCUUGGCUGGGAAGGCAUGUAUUGUGGACAGCAGUGCCCUCAAGAGUUCUUUGGACAGAAUUGUGCAGAGAAAUGUUCAUGUCAGCAUGGCGGUUCAUGUAAUCCGAUGGAUGGAUCAUGCUUAUGUAAAGCUGGAUGGGGAGGGCCCAACUGCGCUGAAAGCUGUCCAGAUGGCAAAUUCGGUAACGGUUGUUCCGAAGCAUGCUCAUGUAACCAGCACGGCACUUGUGAUCCAGAAGUUGGAUGCGUGUGUGACGCAGGAUGGUUAGGUCAGGAUUGUAACAGUGCCUGUCCUGAUGGCACGUAUGGUCUGAAUUGUUCUUCGACAUGCGACUCUUGUAGCACGAACAGUUCGUGUAAUAAGGAACUUGGCUGCUUGUGUGACCCAGGAUUUACUGGUCCUAGGUGCGAGGAACUGUGCGCCAAUGACACUUACGGCCCAGAUUGUGCCCAUACUUGCGCAUGUAUGAACGGUGGGGUUUGUGAUCCCGUCCUUGGGUGCAUAGACUGUGUUCCAGGAUGGACAGGUGUCGGGUGUAAAGAUAUAUGUCAAGACGGUACCUUUGGUCUCCAUUGCAGCUCGGUGUGUAACUGUCAGCUGACUGACUUCUGUGAUCCAGAGACUGGAUACUGCCAAGUACUCAAUGUUGCUGCUGCUGAGACCAAAGAGCCGAGACACAAACAAGACCAGUUAGGAGUAAUCACUGGUGUCACCGUCGGGAGUGCUAUAGUGAUAUUUGUUGUUGUUGCAGUCAUUGCCUACGUCAUUCGACAAGUAAAGCACCGACCACCACAAGCAAUUUACAGUGUUCCAAAGGCCACAGCUGCUCGUUCUCAUCGGAUAGACAGUAAUGGUGAUAAACCAGACGAAAUCAAUCAUAACUCAUUAGGCAAACCGGGAUCGCAGUCGGAUUGGAAGUCAACAUCGAAUGGUGAUACGGGAGAGACACGACAGCAGUACUUGGAAGGAAGCGUCGAGGUCAUCAGCGUUAGCAUGCCACAAGAUGACAUCGUCGAGCGGGAAUCCAGCUUAUAAUAUCCUGCGAGUCAUUGUGUGUGGAUGCUCUAAUCAUAUAUUUAAAAAAUGAAACUACAUGAAAUACCCAAUCGUUUGUAGCUCCUUUUUGCUCUAUAUUCCUAAAACAAAUUGGACCCAAAUUGGACCAAAAGAUUCCCUGUGGAAAAGUGCUCUUCUUAUUUCCAAACAAGGUAAACGAUGAAAGAGGUACAUUUUUUUCAAUCCAAUAUGCCUCGCCCUUUAGGCGAUUACAAUAACUCUGCACCGGGAAAAUCUAUGUAAA